AUGAGCGUCGAAUACAUUAUGAUCCAACCAUUGAGUGUCGGUUUUGGAGAGAAUCAAGAAAAGAGGCGUAUCCAGGAGCAGGAGUUUGCUCUUCGAGAUGGCAUCCAGAUCAAGGGUCAAGGACUCGCCAUGAGCGUGCAGUACAUGGGAAGCAGUGGAAUGAUGAAUGUGAGGAGGAAGAGCAGAGACACUUGCGGCAAUCAGGUUCCCGAUGAAUUGGGUAGCAGAGAACUAGCACAUGAAAAGUGA